AUGCGGGUUACUCGCUCCAUGACAUCGUUGACGAUGUCUGAUAAGCCUACACCUGCACCAGCAUCAGCCACCAAAAAGUCAACCAAAUCAACAUCUUCAAAGGACAAAACUCACAAAUCAGCCUCCUCGGCGCUUAAUUCCGCUUUUCCAGCCUCAAAAUUAAGUAAUGCAUCAACUAAGAAAAGAAAGGCUGCAAUCCACGAAAUCGACAUCAAUGCACUUCCACACAACCUUGGAAACCCAGCCGCACAAAUCGUCCGAGAUGCCCUGGAUGGUCCGGAGGAUAUCAAAAAUGAGACAGCAUCUUCUCAUCCACCCAAACGCAUCAAACUAGAAGAUGUGUCACAAGAACCUAAAACAGAAGAGAUCUUAGAAAUUGCCAAAACCAAGAACAAAAAAACCGCUUCAAAGUACGGCCUCACACCCGGAGUGAGCCCAUUCCCGAAUUUCGCGCAUCCCACAGCGAAGGAAUGCGAAGAAGUCAAUCGACUGUUAUCGAGUUUUCAUGGAGAAGUCAAGGCACCGACCGAAAUACCCCAGCCUUCACUCACCGUAACUGGUUGCGGUGAAGUACCCUCCGUACUAGACGCAUUGAUCCGUACUGUUCUCAGUGGCGCUACUACAGGCGCCAACUCAGCUCGCGCAUUUAAGGGCCUUGUCGAUAAAUUUGGCAUCCUUGAAACGGGUAUCGGAAAGGGGAGUGUUGAUUGGAACGCAGUGCGUGUAGCGCCUAUUAAUGAAGUGUUUGAAGCGAUGAAAAGCGGUGGUCUGGCGACUACCAAGAGCAAAUACAUCAAGGGGAUUUUGAAUAUGGUCUAUGAAGAGAACCUAGCGCGGAAAGCGGCGCAUCUGAAAUCAGAGGAGGAACCAGGUAAACCGGGACCAGUGGGUGCUGAACAUGAAUCCAAGGCCCAGAAAGAGGUUGAGAUUGCACUAACGGAUGAGAACGUGUUAUCUCUCGAUUGGAUUCAUGCUCUGGAUAAAGAAGAGGCGAUGCUAGAACUCAUCAAGUACCCCGGCAUCGGACCCAAGACCGCUGCUUGUGUAGUAUUGUUCUGUCUUCAACGUCCCUGUUUCGCAGUCGAUACACAUAUUUUUCGGAUAUGUAAAUGGUUAGGCUGGCUGCCAUCAUCAGACACAAAAAGGGUCACUGAAAUCAUGGCUUUUAGUCAUUUGGAAGUCCGGAUUCCGGAUCAUUUAAAGUACCCGUUGCAUCAGUUGCUGAUUCGGCAUGGGAAGAGUUGUCCGCGUUGUAGGGCGAUUACUGGAGAAAAGAGUGAGGGGUGGGAGAAUGGGUGCGUUAUUGAUCAUCUUGUGAAGAGGACUGGGAAAAGGAAGGGCGAAUUUUAA